GGUUCCAGAUUUGUCGAGUACACAGCAGGUCGUGUUGUGACGGGGGAUGGGAGUGGGGAUUUCUCUCGCGGUCUUGUAGUUGAACUCUUGUCUGAAACGUUGUUUUCUUGGUGAAAACAGGCUUCGUAGCCGAUAAGUUGACUUUCCUGCUCGCGGAUGCACCUCGCGACGUCUCAAAAGCGAAAAUAAUCUGCGCGCGCUCGGCGAGUUCUGCUACAAACCAGCUGAAAUGUAUUCGAGCGGAGCAGCGAGUGCAGCUCCUCUGUCUCCUCCACCAGAAGAGUAUGUGUUCAAACCACCCCAGAGGCCAGACUUUGGCACCAUGGGUAGGACAAUCAAACUGCAAGCCAACUUCUUUGAGAUGGAGAUCCCCAAACUGGAGGUGUACCAUUACGACAUUGACAUAAAGCCUGAGAAGUGCCCACGCAGGGUCAACCGUGAAAUUGUUGAGCACAUGGUUCAGCACUUUAAAACACAGAUCUUUGGUGACCGAAAGCCUGUGUAUGACGGGAGGAAGAAUUUAUACACGGCAAUGCCCUUACCCAUAGGGAGAGACAAGGUGGAGCUGGAGGUGACGAUCCCUGGAGAAGGCAAAGACAGAAGCUUUAAAGUGGCCAUAAAGUGGGUUUCUUGUGUUAGUCUGCAAGCUCUUCAUGAAGCACUGUCUGGACGGCUACCAAGCAUCCCUUUUGAGACCAUUCAAGCUCUAGAUGUGGUCAUGAGACAUUUGCCCUCCAUGAGGUACACACCUGUUGGCCGCUCAUUCUUCACACCAUCUGAAGGCUGCUCCAACCCUCUUGGUGGUGGAAGGGAAGUCUGGUUUGGCUUCCAUCAGUCUGUUCGUCCAUCUCUUUGGAAAAUGAUGCUUAACAUUGAUGUAUCGGCUACGGCAUUCUACAAAGCCCAACCAGUGAUUGAGUUUAUGUGUGAGGUUUUGGAUUUUAAAAGCAUCGAUGAACAACAGAAGCCCUUAACAGAUUCCCAAAGAGUCAAGUUCACUAAGGAGAUAAAGGGUCUGAAAGUAGAGAUCACGCACUGCGGGCAGAUGAAGAGGAAAUACAGAGUUUGUAAUGUAACCAGGAGACCAGCCAGCCAUCAGACGUUUCCCUUACAGCAGGAGAAUGGGCAAACCAUCGAAUGCACUGUGGCACAGUACUUCAAAGAUAAAUACAAAUUGAUACUUCGAUAUCCUCAUCUCCCAUGUUUACAAGUUGGUCAGGAGCAAAAGCACACUUACCUUCCUCUUGAGGUUUGUAACAUAGUGGCUGGACAGCGAUGCAUCAAGAAACUGACAGACAAUCAGACUUCCACUAUGAUUCGUGCCACAGCCCGGUCAGCGCCUGACCGCCAGGACGAAAUCAGCAAAUUGAUGAGAAGUGCCAACUUUAAUAGUGACCCUUACGUGCGUGAGUUUGGGGUCAUGGUAAGAGAUGAGAUGACUGAAGUGAAUGGCCGAGUCCUCCAGGCACCAUCAAUUCUCUAUGGAGGACGGAACAAGGCAAUAGCUACCCCAAUCCAAGGCGUAUGGGAUAUGAGAAACAAACAGUUCCAUACUGGGAUAGAGAUCAAGGUUUGGGCCAUUGCCUGCUUUGCUCCACAAAGGCAAUGCACUGAGCUCUUACUAAAAGCAUUUACAGACCAGCUGCGCAAGAUUUCUCGUGACGCAGGCAUGCCCAUUCAAGGCCAGCCUUGCUUUUGUAAGUAUGCUCAGGGAGCUGACAGUGUGGAACCCAUGUUCAAACACCUGAAGUACACCUACCAAGGCCUGCAGCUGGUCGUAGUCAUUCUUCCAGGGAAGACACCUGUUUACGCGGAGGUGAAGCGUGUCGGGGACACAGUUUUAGGAAUGGCCACUCAGUGUGUCCAGGUGAAGAAUGUCCAGAAAACCACUCCACAGACCCUGUCUAACCUCUGUCUGAAGAUCAAUGUUAAGCUGGGUGGAGUCAACAACAUUCUGCUUCCACAGGGAAGGCCCAUGGUUUUCCAGCAGCCUGUAAUUUUCCUGGGCGCAGAUGUGACUCAUCCUCCAGCAGGAGAUGGAAAGAAACCCUCCAUUGCUGCAGUGGUUGGCAGCAUGGAUGCUCACCCAAGCCGAUACUGCGCCACAGUGCGGGUUCAGCAGCACCGCCAAGACAUCAUUCAGGACUUAGCUGCAAUGGUGAGAGAACUGCUGAUUCAGUUCUACAAGUCAACCCGCUUCAAACCCACACGUAUUAUCUACUACAGAGAUGGCAUUUCAGAAGGUCAAUUCCAUCAGGUCCUGCAACAUGAGUUACUGGCGAUCCGUGAGGCCUGUAUAAAGCUAGAGAAGGACUACCAGCCGGGCAUCACUUUUGUAGUAGUGCAGAAGAGACACCAUACCAGGCUUUUCUGUAUGGACAGGAAUGAGAGGGUUGGAAAGAGUGGGAACAUCCCUGCUGGCACCACAGUUGACACAAAAAUCACUCACCCAUCAGAAUUUGACUUUUACCUUUGCAGCCAUGCUGGUAUUCAGGGUACUAGCAGGCCUUCUCAUUAUCAUGUGUUGUGGGAUGACAACCACUUCACUUCAGAUGAGCUACAGGUACUCACAUACCAGCUGUGCCACACCUACGUGCGCUGCACUCGCUCUGUCUCCAUUCCUGCACCUGCCUACUACGCCCACCUUGUGGCAUUCCGAGCACGCUACCACCUAGUAGACAAGGAACAUGACAGUGCUGAAGGCAGCCACACAUCAGGCCAAAGUAAUGGUCGAGACCAGCAGGCCCUGGCUAAAGCUGUGCAGAUCCACCAGGACACACUGCGCACCAUGUACUUCGCCUGAGCUCGGCCAGAGUUGAGUCUCAUAUCCUCAAACACCAUGUGUCUGUAUGUUUAACAUGCCCCGUUCAUCUUGGGGGGCCUCUAGAUGUGCACAUAGUUAACUGGCAACAUUUCACACAUUCAAGGUCUCUGUUAAUCUCUGUAUUUAUUUGAGCUGCAAGGAAACAUUUUUGUCCCUUCAUUCUAUGCUUUUACACUGACAGUUCUGACUUUGCUUUGGGGAUUAUAUUAUUAUUAAUAAUAUAAUUAUGAUUAUGCCAAGGCCGAUGGAAUAGAACUUUUGAUGAAAUUAUACCAUUAAGGUUGCAAGAAAGACAUAUUUGUGGAACUUCUGUCAGCACUGACUUAGAAGGGCACAACUUCAGGACACGAGUACUUACUGUUCUUUUUAUGUUUCUUACACAUGUAUUAACAAAUCAGUGUCAGUGUUUUCUUUUUGUUAGUCCUCAACUCUACCGUAGUUGAUUAAGUUGGUUUCUUGAGUAACAGCCAACAGAUUGUGCUUAUAUUGGAUACCAAAUCUUUAUAUUAUAAUAAGGACACAUUGAACAGUUCUUUGGGACAGAGGAAGAUUGAACAGCCAGAAGUCUGUAAUUCUCUCACCAUGAGAGGAGUGUUAUGACAAUCAGCUGUCUGGGUCUAAAGAGAGAAUUAUAGUUAAUAGAGGACUGGUUCCUGAGACCAGCACCCUUUUUUGAACCAAACCUGUUAGUUAGUUAUCUUUUUUCUACCCUGGUUUCUUUUUUUCUUUUUCCCAACAUUAUCUGUUAGACUAUCACAUUUAGACUCUAAAAAGAAGUACUAAUAUCUUGUGUGUGAGAUUAGUCUCUAUGUACUGCUGAUUAUUUUUAUUAUUAUUUUUUUUAUUAUUUCUACCACAAGUCCAGCCUGAACCUUUGCUUUCUUAAAGGACCACUCCAUUGUUUUCAAACUAAUAUCUAUCUACUGCUUCUGUAGUGUAUGACUGAUUACUACUUAUAAUAAUUUGUUUUUCUCUAUCCUGAGAAAAGAUCAGAAAGCCUGUUUCUGUGAAACGUACUUAUAAUGGAAGCCUAAAGGCAGCUGUUAAAUUACAUUAAACAUUUACAAUAUCGGACUAUAUAACACACAAUCAAAAAUAACACAUCAAAGAUUUUCUUAUGUCUUUUUAUUUCACCUUUUCACGUAUGUCUUUUUAUUUCACUUCCCAACUCUGGGGCAGUAGAGUAAAAACAAAUUCUGGUCUCUUAUGCUUUUCUUAGGAUUUUAUGAUCUUGCAUGUUAGAGGCUCUGUGUGUGUGUGUGUGUGCAUCUGAAAUGUAGUCCCAUUCGCUAAAAGACAAAUUUAGAUUUUAGAUUUAAAGGACAUUAGAUUUAAAGUCCAAUUCUAUAAAUAAAGUUGUUUCACAUUACCAUUACCAUGCCCCAACUUCCCUAGAGCCUCUCUUUAUAAAUAAGUUUUGAGUAAAUGAGUUUUCUUAUCUUUUCUUAGUGCACAGAGAAGUUUGCAGUUGUUUUGGUAAUUGCCUAUGCACUAGAGAUGCAGUGGAUAGAGAUCAGGUUAAACAAACCCUGGAGUAUUACUUUAAGUGUCUUGUGAUUCAGCCUCAUACACUGUUGUGGUGGUGCAUGAAUCAUGAUGUAAAGAACAGAUUAUUAUAAUUUUUUUUAAUUGUUGUUUUUUUAUGUAUCUAAUUAUGUCCAAUAUGGUGAGUUGUAUAUUGUUUGUUUAGAUCUAUACACACACUGAUGGCUCAUGGAACCAUGGCCUUAAUGGUAGGGAGGUCUUGAGGGUUAUGGGAAAGUGUUUGUUGGUUAUAGAUAUCUAGUUAGCCACAUUACACUUGAAUGUGUUACGCACCUUAUUUUUUGCCCAAAUGUCAGUGAUAACGCAAUAGCCUUUACCAUAGAAGGUUUUUGACCAUUCAAUUGAUUCUGAAUUUGAGGACUUCUAUUGUGCAACUCUUUUGCAUCUGUGGUGCUUUGGAGCUCUUCUCAAGAGCUUUGUAGAGUCAUUGGGUUUGUCCAAUAGGCGAGUGGUUUAGUUUUUGCUGAAGGCUUUUGAGAUUGUGGGGUACAUUAGCAAAUGAUUCGACAAUUCGUUAAAAUUGAACUGCUAUUGUAGGCAUUUUUUUAUACUGGUAUAAAUGCAAUUAUUAUUGGAACGUUGAUUAGCUUCCCCAUAUGUUUCACUUUUAACUUUAAAUAACCUAUAGUUGGACAUUUUUAAACUUUUAUACCUAUGCAUUUAUAACCAAGAGAUUUUAGUGGGUUUUUUUGUGUAUAUAAUGAUUUUAGAUAAUGUGUAUUGUAGUAGUUUUAAACUUUAAUAGAGUGCAUAGAGAAAAACCCUCUUCCUGUUGUAGCAGUAUUAGCCUAUAGAAUAGUAUAUUUUUAUUAUAGCAGACAAUUAAAUACAACUUUCAGUUAGUCCUGUUAGCCAAGAAAGAUUACAAAUAUUUAAGCAUACUGUUAUCCUACAGUAACUGAAGCACAAUGAAUUAUCGGUGCUAAACAUUUUCCUGAAACAAAUAUUUUAUUUACCAUGAGAUCACGAUUAAAAAAAAAAAAUCAACCGUGGAACUGAUUCUUAAGGUUGAGUUUCUUCAGCUUUUUACCAGCGUUAUUCAUUACUGUCAUUUUCUGACCGAACUGUGUUGCAGGGGCAUUUUAGUUCUCAGUCUCGAAUACUUGACUUAGUUAUUUUUUCAUAUUUGACGCUGGUCUCUAAACUUGCAGAUGCACUUUGAAGGGCAUUGGACAUGUACCAUUAGUAAUUGUGUGGAAAUGGCUAGAUGUCCUACCUCUUGUUGCCUGUUUCUAAUAUAAUGGUAACAUCACUGCGUUAGUCAUUUCUUCACAAUUACACAAGUGGUGGUGUUGGAAUAAAUUCUUUCUCUCAAAGUUUCCGGGCAUAUUAUAGUGUCACUUAGCUCAGAAAUGACCAAAAGGCGUAUCUGUUCAGAGGCUACUCUUGGUGCCAAUUAAAUCUUUUACAUUAACUGCCAUACCUUUUUUUUGUUUUGUGUUUUUUUUUUGUUUGUUUUUUUUAAAUAAUAAUAAAGUGCUAAAGAUUCAGAGCUUUGAAGUAACCCUGCAUGGUUAGAAUGAAAUUCACCAAAUGGAUUUGAAAGAGCCUUAUCUAUUUUCAGUCUUUGUGGAAGUGUACAGUGUGAAUACGGUCAUGUUCAGCCAAGCAGUGUGCUCGUGUUUUACAUUCUUAUCCCACUGGCUGCUAAUUUGGAACAAAAUAUGUUGUCAUUUUCCAUUCAAAUUUUUCGACAUCUGUAGAGCUAAUAUUUAUCACUUAGCUUAGGAAACAACCGAAGUGAACAAUUUAAACCUAUUUUCUCCUUUGUUUUUUCACUUCAUCUUCCUUUUUAUUGGUUUUCAAUGAUACAGUUCGCUUUGUCGUGUAAAUAUGACAGUGAUCACAGCUUUUACUGUACCUGAGUUUUAGUAUUUUACCUUUUAAAGCCAGCACCUUAGAUUGUCAGAACUCUUAAGCAUAUGCAAUUCCUAUAUAAUAAAAAGAAAAUGUAUGAUUGAGGUGUUUUUGCACUAUAUGAAUAGUUGUGGACUGGGUUAUUGUUCAAAAGAUUAGAAUGUUGGUUGUCCACUUUAAUCACCAUAACUGCUAGUGGAUACUGCAGUUGUGUUUGGGGUUGUAUUACACCAUGCAAAUUGGUGCAGAAUCUGAAGCUAAGUCCUGACAUUUGAAUAACUAUGCAAAAACUGAUUUUGGUUCAGAGCCAUUCAUCUUGUUGUAGUGUUUUUUUUUUGUUUGUUUUGUUUUGUUUUGUUUUUUUUGGGACAUGUUCAAAUUUGUUCAAAUUAGUUUUAUGAUGAUUCCUAGUGGUUUGUAUGUAAGUCUGAUUUUGAAUUUAAACUUCAUUCUUUCAAAGACUUUAGGACUGAUUUUUAUAUAAUGUCUUAAAUGUAAUGGAUGGAGUUCAUUGGAAAUGGAUUGAUCUUUCAAAAUAUGAAACUGGCAUUUGUGUCCAAGAGAGUUUUUCUUCUUCUUCUUCUUCUUCUUCUUCUUCUUCUGCAGAAGUUUCAUGAUGUCCAGUGUAAUCCAAAACAAGUGACAAAGUAAUGCUGGAUGUGAUGAAAUUUGGUGUAUUGAACUAUGGUAGAUUAAUCCUUUUGUCUAUGCACAGCACAAAUACAUAGCACAUAUCAGCAUUUUGUGAUAACAUGGAGAAGCUGAAUGAGAAUCAGCAUGGUGCUGUUUUGAAAUUACAAUGCAGAGGUACGCUUAUUUGGUAAAUCCAAGAGAAUGUCUACCAAAUUAAUGUGUCCCUUUCAAACUAGAGGUCAAACUUAUAGAGAAAAUCAGUUGCAUACCUGAAUCAAUAACAAUAAACUGUUUUGCUAAAUAUAUAGUCAGGAUUUUACAGAUCUGAUAUUUCCUCUUGACUGGCAAGAGUCAAAUGAAAUUCAGUCUCCCUAAUAAAUAAACAUUUCUCUAACUUUGCACUCUAACUUUCUACUUGUAACUGAAUACGAUAAUCAAAGCCUCCAAGUCUACUGAAAAUAUAAACGUGAGAGAAAAAAAAAAUGCUCCACCCCCGAUAAGACUAUGGUGUAUAUGAAGAUACUCAAUGGCAUAAGUAAUACACAUACAUGUAUAUCAGCUGCAGUUCAGAUGUGCGGAACUGAGUUAACAUUUGUGUUUGGGCAAUUAUUACUGACAUAUGGACAAAUCCUUCUGUUGCUUGUGUUUGAGGUGCUGCACUGUAAGAAUUGUUUAUAUUUAGGGCAAUAUUAUGUUGUUUCUGUUUUACAUUUUAGGACAUUUAUAAUUACUGAUGUUUUUAAGCAUUAAAUUCCAUACUGCCACUAUUUGAAACUAUAGCCUGAUGCCCAGGUUCUCAUUUCAGACUUAGCGUCUCGGCUUCAGUCAGUGCUUGUCAUCCCCUAAUCUGCUCCAAGUCACUAUGUGCACAAAUAAAUAAAUUAAUUAACAGGUUACCAUUUAGAAAAUUUUGCCAAUGCCAUUUUACGCCAUACUAAUUUUUUCUAAAAUGAUUUUACUAAAAAUCAGCAAAGUCUGUUUUUGAUAAGAAGUGACAUAUCAUUGGUCACCACUCAAAUGUACACAAAAUACUGAAAUGAAGUGUUCCUGUGUACAAGGCUGAAAAUCUUUAAAAAUAAUAAUAAUAAAAAAAAAAUCACUAGCUUAAUAACCUGGCUUUUUAUACCAACUUCAUACCAACUACCUCAGAACAAUUUAGGGUGCUAACCUUAUCUCCUUAUCUCUCUCUAUCUCUCUCUCUCUUUUUAUAUAUAUAUAUAUGCUCACUGCCCACUUUAUUGGGCAGACCUGUACACCUGCACAUUAAUAUAGUUAUCUAAUCAGCGAAUCAUGUGGCAGCAGCACAAUGCAUAAAAUCAUGCAGAUAUAGGACUAGAUCCUCAGUUAAUGUUCACAUUAAACAUCAGAAUGGGGGGAAAAAGUGUGUUCUCUGUGACUUUAAUUGUGGCAAGUUGGUACCAGAUGGGCUGAUUAAAGUAUUUCAUAAACACACAACAGUCUCUAGAGUUUACGCAGAAUUACAUUCUGAUGUUUGAUGUGAACAUUAACUGAAGCUCUUGACCUGUAUCUGCAUGAUUUAAUGCAUUGCGCUGCUACCACACGAUUGGCUGACUAGAUAACUAUAUUAAUGUACAGGUGUUCCUAAUAAAGUAGACUGUGAGUGUAUAUAUAAUUUAUAUGAUCAUGACAACGAAUAAUAAUAGUGACCAAACAACUCAAGCCAAUACUGCAUUUUAGAUUUAGCAUUUUCAGAAAAAAAAAAAAAUUGUAUUGUUGGCGAGAUGAGAGACAUCCUGUCAAACAAAAAAAAUGUAGGGGACCAAAUUGUGAAAGGACUUUCUGUGGACUGUAAACCGGCGUUUGGCAAAAACUGUAGUCGUAAUAGAUACUUAUUAAUUUUGUUUCAAAAUAUGCUCGUCAGUAAACAUUAAACAUUGUUUUCUGUGGUAGUUUGGUAGUGGCAUAGACACGGCACGAGGAUAGGUUGCUAAUAGGGCCGGGCAAUAUAACGAGGAGAUAUUGAUAUUGUGACGCAGUCACGAUAAACAUGAUACACUUUUGUUUCGUCAUUAUCAUCAGGUGUCACUGCUUUUAUAACUUACUGUAAAAAGCAACCGACGGGACAAUAAACAUUUUUGUACUAAUUGGUUUAUUUUUAUUUUUGCUUUGUUAGCAAAACCUUGUUAGCAAAAUAUAUAUCAUGUAUCGCAAAGAUGUUUUUAAGUUUUGUGAUUUAAUAUUUUUGCCAUAUUGCCCAUCCUUAAUUGCUAGUUUCUUCUUUGAGUGUACACAGAGCAAUAAUUGCAUUAUUACUCUUGUCUACAGGGUGCAUCAUGGUUUAAUUAUUUUAGGUGACUGUGUGGUUCCUCAGCAAGUGUCACUGAACGCAGUUAGAUUUUUUCUGGUUGUGAAAUUUUUGUGUUCUCUCUGUAAUCAUCAGUAGUGAUGUGCCGUAUUUAGGAUCACAUUGGGUUCAGUUGCCCCAGUCAGCACUGCUCUGCUUUUGCAAUACUACAGAAAGGCAAAUUUGCUACAUCCAAAAAUCCUAGCAUGUUUGUACAAUUUUUUUUAAAUGUUAGUCCAAGUUUGGCAGCAUGAUUUCUAACAAACCAGCUUGUCAACAUCGCUGUGUCUGAAUACUUGCAUUAGGCUCGAUUCUUCUUUUUGAUAAAUAUUCAGUAUUGCAAUAAACAAAACGAGGGUUUUUUUUUUUUUUUUUGGUGAAAGCUCCACAGCAAGUGUAAGCAGGUUGAGAAUAAGCUAUUUAAAAUAGUUUUGCGUGUAAUUUUUUACCUUGCAACAUUUUACAAAGGGAAUUUACUGUUAAAUUAAUAAUGAAAUAUGUUUGCAAAAUAUGCUCUACUGAUACACUGGCCUGUUUCCGUUGGUUCAAGAUCGAAAAGGUACAAAGGGUAUGAAAAUAAAAUCAAUAUUCUUGAUAUUUUUGUUGAGCUAAAGACAUUCACUUUGUGUGUGUGUGUGUGUGUGUGUGUGUCUUUUCAGAUCUGUCAUCUCCUGUAUUUAUAUUUGGUGAUAAUUAUUUUUGAUUUGAUAAUUCAUUCUCACAUCAAAGAAUUUAUACAUGAAUUACUCAUGCAACCUUGAGUGAAUGCUGCAUAGAAUGAUCAGUAUUUGUAUAUUGCACUUUCUAAUCAGUAAAAAAAAAAAAAGCCCUAUGUAAAAUUGGGCAGAGAAAUUAAAAGAAAAUUAAGACGAGGUAUAUUCUGCUAUAAUAGGAUUUUUUUUUUCUUAAGAAAAAAGUGACUUUUCUAAAAUGUGCGUAGACAUGAAGUACCUCAGAAGCCUGAUAUAUGCUGCAUCAACUUCAUUUUUUUUCUUUUGUGAACAUUGUCUUUCGUACAUACAGUAAUACAGUUUUCCCUACAGAGAGGUUGGAUGUGCAUGCAAGGCAGUGCUUACACCCUUCUAAAAUGUGUUUUGGUUUGAUUAAAGUGUUUUUUUAACAGCAUUAUUUACAUUGGCUUUUAUUUGGGUGAAAGAUGUGUGCUAUGGAGUACAUAGGGAAUUAUUUUAUGGAAAAAAAAAGCAUUCUGUAUCAGUUUUUUUUCACCAUUCUCGUUGAUGUUUCGUACUAAUCCGGCAUCUAACUUCAGAGAAGAUCACAAAUGGCAACUAAUUAGCAGUAGUCCUGAAAGACUGCUGACUCAGGUAUUGCCAUUUAAGGGCUGUAUCUGCUACUGAAUCUCCGCCCUGUACUCACUCGCGUGUCUUAAAGUAGCCCUGGAACUGUAUUUAUGGCUAAAACAUCAUGCAGUGUAUCUGACCUUGAAAGGUGAACUAUUAAGCAGACCAUGCAAAUCAUGCAUUGUUCUACAUCACUGCCAAUCAUGUGCUAGAUUUUUGCCAUAAAUCUACCUCCUGGGAAUGUAGGAGUGUCCUGGAAAUGCUAGAUAUGAAAGCGAUAAUCUUCCAUUAAUACGUGUUCUGAAAACUCCAGGACUCUCUGGCUGAAGCUGUGUGGUUAGUGUGUUUUCCCAUAUUCAUCUAAGCCAUGAAAGUGACCAAAGUUUUUAGGAAGGCGUUCCAGUGGCACUGCCUCGCAAGCUCAAAUCUCCCCCUCACUUCAGACAUUUAUUUUUCUUUUUUAAUUCCUACUUAAGCACCUGCCAAAUUGAAUUUACUGUCAUUCCUGUUGAGAGCUUUUAUAUCUCAUUCUUGUAUUUGGACUCAUCGCUAAGCUCUGUGUCUUUUAUUUCAUUAUGUAAAGUGUGAGCUUUGAGAUUUUUUUUUUUUUCAUUUAUGCUUUUAUUAUGAUUGCAAGCUCAAUAUAUGCUGUAAACCCUGCUAGGAUAUAAUGUGAAUAUCAUUUAAUAUAGUUGACUUUUUUUGCUUGACUGUAUAUGGCAUUGAUUAAUAAACUUGAGUUCCCCUCACUUGC